UCUGAACUUAAUUAGCUUACUAACCAACUGACUCUUAACUUGACUGCUUGUAGGGGAUGGAUUUAACCACCCCACAAGGCCCAAAGAAUAGAAAGGCCUGGCCUGGAUUAGGUAGAGCGACGGCUCGAUCGGUCGGCUCAAGAGUCAGGUCUCUCGGCUUGACUCUAGAGUAAUUUUAGUCGAUCGUCGUCGACUGAAGUAUACUCGGCUCAACGGCUGCUCGGACGCACACGGGCUUUUCGGCCCAGCAGGGGAGGCCCAUCAAGAUGGCGUAAGCUAGGUCAAGGAUGAAGCAUCAGAACGACUAUAUAAAGGAAAGGGGAAACAACGAGAGAAGGAUCCGAAACUCUUGACUAACACUUGGCGGCUAGAUUAGGGUUUUCACCUCUGCUUCAUCUCGCCGUUAAUUGUACUUUUCCGGUAGCUCAUCGAGCCACCGGCUUUCUUUCUGUCGCAUUCUCUUCAUUUCCUUUGUAACCGACUGAACGUUUCUCCGACCAUAAAUAAGACGUCUUUGUUAAACCUACAUCUUCUUUAUUACCGUUUUCCGAUCAAAUAGUUGGCGCCCACCGUGGGGCAACUAGCAAAGUAACGUCAGUACUAUGGUUGUUAACAACGACAGUUCUUCGUCAGGCGAGGAGCGUGAAGCUCUCGAGGUGACGCCGGCUCCAGAGGCGACACCUAUGCCGACACCAGCAACUCCACUACCCCAUCCUGCGUCCAUGAAAACCAUCCUGGCACGCCUCACCCAACAAGAGGCGGCGCAGAAGGCGGCGGUUGACCAAAUCACGGCGAUAGCAAAGAUCCUUGCUCCUCUCGCUGCAAACGCCGAAGCUUCAACGGCGCAGUAUCGUCGACACCUGUUCGCCACAGAACGAACCACCGACGUAGCACCUACGCGGGACAACGACCACCAAAGCGCCGGUAAUGACAUCAACGCACACACCGCGAGCGAACUAUCCGCGUUGAAACAGUCGGUCCUCGACAUCAACUCGAAGAUCCACCAGGUGACGACGUCCGCACCCCAAAUCGAGCAUGUGCUCGGGGAAUCUCUUCGUACACCCUUUAUGCAAAAGGUUACCGGUGUGCGGCUCCAGAAGAUGGAGAAGCUCCGUCUUCCCACCUUCAAAGGUCUCUCCGACCCUUCUACUCACGUCACGUCUUUCAACAUAGCGAUGCGACGCGCAAACCUGACCGACGAAGAAAAAGAUGCCGGCUUUUGCCAACUCUUCGGCGAAACCCUAGAAGGACCGGCCCUCACUUGGUUCACCGGCCUCAGAGAGAACUCCGUCGACUGUUUCCACCACCUCUCGACAGCUUUCCUUAAGAAUUAUAUCAUGUUCACCAACCAGGAAGCGACCUUGUCAGAUUUGUGGAACCUCACUCACGCCAGCGGCCAAAGCCUCCGCGACUUCAUGGAAAAGUUCAAGGCUAUUGUCUCGAAGAUUGAUAUUCCCGAUCAUAUCGCCGUUGAAUCUUUGAUGAACACCUUGCACGUCGACUCCACCUUCCGUCAGGAUCUCUACUGAUACCCGACAAAAUCUGUCUCUGACGCCAUUGCUCGCUCGCACAACUUUAUCCGCAUGGAAGAAGACACAAGAGCGAAGUUUGCAAAAGAAGCGGCACCGAAACAGCGACCAUCCCGAACAAACGAUACCCGCCCCGAGCCCCGCCAGCACUCCUCCGGUGGAAAUACCACUCAGAAGCGAGGCUACGUUAGCUCGGUCGGUGAUGAGGAAUCCCCAAAAUCAGCAGCUGUCACGCGAGAGAAAGGCUGGAACCACUGGGAUCGAGAUUCCGCUCAGAAGCAGUUAAGCUCAUCCAAACCAGCGAGUUCAAACUCCGAGGAGCCAAAAAAAUGGUGCCUCUACCACAAAAGGGAUUCCCAUGAUAUGAAGGAAUGCAAGGUCCUCAUCAGGCAGUUUUUCGACGGAAUCACUAAUGGGACAAUCCAAAUGCCCACCUCCCCUCCGACACCAAAAAACGGCAAAAGCUGGAGCAAGAAUAAGGAGAAGAAGGCACAGAAGUCUCAAAAUAACACGACCCAGAGCGAGGAAAGAGCAAGCCCUGAGCGCACUCCCGUCAACAACGUCGGCCCCACCAACGAUUCGUCAGAAGACGAACAUCCGCGUCGCCGGCGACGAGUGGAAGUCAUACUCUCUCGCCCUUGUGACUCCUCCGAUGACGACAUCCCAACAGCGCAACCAGAUCUGCGCGAUAAACUGAACAGCAAGGACAAGCAGCCUCUCGCUCCCUCGGCAACAGAUGAAGACCUGCGCAUUCUACUGAAGCGAAAGAGCGCCACGAACGAAAAUACAGGAACCGCCGACCUCCGCGCGACCAUCUCAAAAUGCAACGCCCGAAGAAUCGGUCAAAUUGGCGACCUUCGUGACCAGCUCAAUUCGAAAUCCGACGACCUACGAGGCCAACUCAACCGUUCGAAAGGGUCCGAUCUGCGAUGACGUCUCGAAUCAAAGAAGAAACAGCCUGCAGAAACUCCUAAAUUCGAGAACACAACUGACGAUUUGAGGAAGCAACUCGAAUCAAUGCGAGCUACCCGAGCCCUGCAAAUUAACGUCAUAAUGGGCGGAUCACCACCUUGCGGAGACUCAGUUCGAGCCGUCAAAGAUUAUAAACGUCAAGCAACCACCUCUAAGAAGUGGCCCUCUCCAGUCGAAAAUGAUCACCAGAUCACUUUUUCGGCACUAGACACCAAGGGUGUCCACAUGCCACAUAACGAUCCUCUCCUCGUCGACCUUGAUAUCGGUGAAUGCCUAGUCGCAAAAGUCCUUAUCGAUACCGGUAGCUCGGUCGAUCAAAUUUUCCGCGACACACUCGACAAAAUGGGAGUUGAUUUAAGGGAUAUGAAGCCUUCCUCUCGCACGCUCACCGGCUUCAACGGAGCCUCGGAGCAAAUGAUCGGGACAAUUCGUCUUCCAGUAUACGCAGGUGGUACAACCCGCACCGUCAAGUUCUCCGUCAUCCGCGCCAAAGCACCCUAUAAUGCCAUACUCGGAACACCAUGGCUGCAUUCCAUGAAAGCCGUCCCUUUGACUUAUCAUCAAUGCGUCAAGUUUCCCGGAAAAGACGGCAAAACACAGACGAUUCGGGGAGAUCAACAGGCCGCGAGAGAACUGCUGAUCGCUACUGUAAAAAUGCAACAACAAACUUCCCUCGUCAACUCCGUCGGCAAACCGCUCCACAAGAUCUACCCCCAGAAGGAAGAAGUUCGCGAAGUCGCAAUCGACGAGUCCUAUCCAACAAAACUCAUCCGAGUUGGCGUAUACCUGUCCGACGAUAUAUGUUCAAGGAUCAUCUCUUUCAUCAAAGAGAACGCCUCGACGUUCGCCUGGAAGACCUCCGACAUGAAGGGAAUCGACCCCGCAGUUACUUCCCACGAACUGCACGUCGACCCAACAUUCAAACCCAUCCGACAGAAGCGACGGAAACUCGGGCCAGAACGAUCUAAAGCUGUAAACGAAGAAGUCGAUAGGCUCCUCGACGCGGGUUUCAUUACCGAAGUCCGAUACCCCGAGUGGUUGGCUAACCCUGUUGUCGUCAAGAAGAAAAACGGCAAAUGGCGCAUAUGCGUCGAUUUCACGGACCUCAACAAGGCAUGCCCAAAGGACAGUUACCCACUUCCUCAUAUCGAUCGCCUCGUCGAAUCAACUGCUGGUAACGAAUUCCUAACCUUCAUGGACGCUUUCUCGGGAUACAACCAGAUCUUGAUGCAUCCCGACGAUCGCGAGAAGACAGCAUUCAUCACAGACAGAGGGACUUACUGCUACCAGGUGAUGCCCUUCGGGCUAAAGAACGCCAGGGCGACUUAUCAACGACUCGUCAACCGAAUGUUCGCUGAUCAGCUUGGCAACACCAUGGAAGUGUACAUCGACGACAUGUUAGUCAAAUCGCUCAAGGCCGACGAUCACCUAAACAACUUACGCGACUGCUUCAAGAUCUUGAACGACUAUGGGAUGAAGCUCAACCCGGCCAAGUGUACCUUCGGUGUCACUUCGGGAGAAUUCCUCGGCUACAUUGUCACUCAGCGAGGAAUCGAAGCUAACCCCAAGCAGAUCUCGGCGAUCCUCGACCUUCCAAGCCCGAAGAACAGCCGCGAAGUACAGCGACUAACGGGACGCAUAGCAGCUCUCAACAGGUUCAUCUCGCGAUCAACCGAUAAGUGUCUUCCCUUCUACGAGCUACUAAGGGGCAACAAGAGGUUCGUCUGGGACGAAAAAUGCGAGGAUGCGUUCAAUCAACUCAAGCAUUACCUCACAACCCCCCCCCCCCCCCAGUACUAUCAAAGCCAGAAGCCGGCGACACAUUGUCUCUCUACAUAGCCGUCACAUCAUCCGCCGUCAGCAGCGUACUCAUUCGAGAAGAUCGGGGAGAACAGAAACCAAUCUUUUACACAAGUAAAAGAAUGACUGAGCCGGAGACGAGAUACCCAACACUCAAAAAGAUGGCCUUAGCCGUCGUCACCUCGGCCAGAAAACUGCGACCCAACUUUCAGUCGCACACGAUUGAAGUACUGUCCAACCAACCACUCCGAACGGUUAUGCAGAAUACUAACCAAUCAGGACGGUUGACUAAAUGGGCGAUGGAGCUGAGCGAACAUGACAUCGUGUACAAGAAUCUCACAGCAGCAGUCACAGGUCCUCGCCGACUUCUUAAUCGAGUUAACGCCAGAGCUGGAGCAAGAUCUCAUCCUACCAAAUGUAAACUGGAUCCUACACAUCGACGGUUCAUCCACGAGUAAAGGGUCGGAAGCAGGAGUGCAACUGCAAUCACCAACAGGAGAACUCAUCCGGCAAUCAUUCAGUUUUGGUUUUGCGGCGUCGAACAACGAAGCUGAGUACGAAUCCCUCAUCGCAGGACUCCGUCUCGCCAAGGCAGUGAAAGCCAAAAGAAUCAGCGCUUACUGCGACUCUUAACUUGUCGUAAGCCAGUACCUCGGCGAUUACGACGUCCGCAACGAAAGGAUGGACGACUACCUCAAACUCGUCCAAGACCUCAUGCGAGACUUCAAUUUCUUCGAACUCACGAAGGUUCCUCGCGGAGAAAAUGUCUGUGCCGACGCCCUCGCCGCUCUAGGAAGCAAGCUACACGAUCAAGUCAAUAGGACAAUCCCAAUCCACAAAAUCGAGAAACCGAGCAUCGACACGAAGGCAGAGCAGACUGCGAUUGCAGCAGCGAUCACCGAAGCAAUGGACAUCGACGAAGCAGAACCCCCCUCGCAAGAUGAUCAGCCAACAGAUUGGCGCAAAGAACUCAUUGAUUACCUUGCUGAAGGUUUAUUGCCCGACGAGAAAUGGGACGCGCGGCGACUGAAGCGACGUAGCGCACACUACGUCGUCAUGGAUGGGGAACUACACCGAUGGACCGCGACGAAGGUACUACUCAAAUGUAUCGCCGGCGAAGAAACGAGACUUGUCAUGGCCGAAACUCACGAAGGAGCAGCAGGCAAUCACUCGGGCGGGUGAGCUCUCGCAUUAAAAGUAAAGAACCUCGGAUUCUACUGGCCAACCAUGAACGCCGACUGCGAGACAUACGUGCGCAAGUGCGACAAAUGCCAGCGUCACGCCUCCACCAUACAUAGCCCAACGGAGUUCCUUCACACCCUAACUGCUCCAUACCCAUUCAUGCGAUGGGGAAUGGACAUCAUCGUAUCGAUGCCGGCAUCUCGACAAAAGAAAUUCAUCCUGGUCCUCACAGACUACUUCACCAAGUGGGUUGAAGCCGAAGCCUACGCCAGCAUCACCGACAAGGAGGUGCAAAACUUCGUCUGGAAGAACAUAAUCUGCCGACACGGGCUCCCAUAUGAGAUCAUCACAGACAACGGUUCGCAAUUCAUCUCGCAUCAUUUCAAAGGAUUCUGCAACAGAUGGCGAAUUCGACUCAACAUGUCGACCCCGAGAAACCCGCAAAGUAACGGCCAAGCCGAGUCGACGAACAAGACCAUCAUCGACGGUCUGAAGAAACGACUCGACUUAAAGAAAGGUUGCUGGGCAGAUGAACUAGACGGUGUCUUGUGGUCCCACAGAACAACUCCUCUCGGAGCGACGAAGGUUACACCCUUCUCGAUGGCCUACGGCGUCGAGGCAAUGGCUCCCGCAGAAGUGAAUGUGACAAGUCUGCGCCGAUCGCGAAUGCCACAAAACGUCGAACUCAACCGCGACAUGCUGCUCGACGCACUCGACGACAUCGAGGAAAAACGAGACCAAGCAUUACUCCGCAUCCAGAAUUAACAGCAUCAAAUCGAUAGCUACUACAACAAAAAGGUCAAAUCGCGUCCCCUCGAAAUGGGCAACCUUGUCUUAAGAAAAGUAUUCGAAAAUACUAAGGAGUGGAAAGCCGGCAAGCUUGGAGCCAACUGGGAAAGACCAUACAAGAUAGUCGAAGUCAUCAAACCAGGAGUAUACCGCCUCGAGACCUCAACAGGCGAAGCAGUACCGCGAGCUUGGAACUCCAAACAUCUCCGCCUCUUCCAUCCUUAGUCAAGACGAACGCCUUAUCGAGUAAAUGCGCCACUAAGGCCACUUUUACUCGCUCUCUAAAAACGGCGAAAGAACGACCAACGGUCACGUUCUCUCGCCCGCAAAAAAAAAACGAGUAAAUGCGCCUCUAAGGCCACUUUUACUCACAAAAUAAGAAUUACGAAUGGCUUGAUUCCCGCAAAGGGGUACGUAGGCAGCCCAAAAGAAAAGGGUCCAGCCGAAAAAAAAAAAAAAUACAAACCCCCCCCCCCCCCGACGAGUUGAUCUUCAAAA